CAAACACAGAGAGAGAACAGAGUGUGUGAUUGUUGGUCAGUUGUGGUGUGUUUCCGCUCUAAUCGGCUCUCAGGAUUCCUGCAUUCCCACAUUUCUCUGCUGCGAUUGUGAAAGAGUUUCUCCAGUGAGUCUGUAGAUCAGUGUGAGUCCCGCUCUGCAUGUGUGUGUGUGUGUGGAUUCAGAUGAGAGACGGAGCUGCGCAUCUUCACAGCUCACACUAAUGAUGUCCAGUGAUGAAGAUGAAGAUCACAGAUACAGGGUUCAGAGAUCAUCAUCAGCCCCACACACAAAGGAGGCCUGCAGCGGGGUGAGAGACACCAGUAGGAGGAGACCCAGCCUGCGGAGAGUCGUGUCCUUCAGGAGAAAAUCCCACCAUCAUCUUCAUCAUAGUCUUCAUCACAGAGUAGCGCAGAAGAGGAAUGAGGAGGACUGCAGCUCACAGAUCAGUGAGGGUCACGGGCAGCUGCUGGAGGCUCUGCAGACCCGCCGGCUGAGGCUCAGUAUAGCGCUGACGCUCUGGAGGAGAAGCCCAGGAGAACUGCUGGAGUUCCUGGAGAGACUGCAGGACACCAGUCUGCUCAUCCACUGUCUGCCGGCACUCAUCAGCAGUCUGCAGCAGGGCUCUGCUCAGCUCACCGUGGGCUUCUGUGUGGAUCUCUUUCCUCUGGUCUGGAAUAUUCUGCAGAGUCCUUUUGAAGAUUUUCUGAUCACAGCUUUAGUCUGGAUUCGGACAGUUCUGGAGCGCUGGAGAUCUGUGCUGAUCACAGACACACAGUCCUCAGACUACAGGAACACUGGUGCACUGAAGCAGGCGCUGCAGGAUCUCUGGACUCUGCAAGUACACUUCACAUCCGCAUCAGAAACAACAGCACACAUCUGGAAGGCCAUCGAGUGUCAUUUAAUCCAGCUCUGAGGAGCAUCAUCUCCGCUAAAACAUCAGUGUGUGUGUUAUUAAAGCAUCUACUGGAAUAUGUGUGGUGUAUUGUGUUAAAUACAGUGUGUUUCUGUUCUGAUGGCUAUAAAUAUAAUACAUGUUAAUAUACAGAAUGUUAUUAGAUGUGCUGUUUAAGCCACUUUCAUUAUCAAUAAUAAUAAUUCAGUAUUUUCCUAAAUAAAAUGAUUGAAUAAUAUAUAAAUAUAUGCAAA